UCGUUUUUCUUUUUUUUUUCUUUUUUUUUUUCCUUUCUGUGGUGGGGGAUUUAAAUCGUCAAACCUUGGGAACCCAUAUUUAUACCUCAACAAAGGAAUAUAAUUAAUUAUUAAGGAAGCCGAAAAGCUCAAAACAAGUUUCAAAAAUCUCUUUAAAUCAACUUAAACCACCUUGAUAUAUAUAUAUAUAUAUAUAAAGUUUACAUGGUUAGCACCAUGGAAGGGAAACGUCAACGUUAUAUCCAUGAGAAAGAAGAAGAAGAAGAAGAAGAAGAAGAAGAUUUGGAAGAGUUUGGUUUGACUUAUAAUUUACAGAGCGUGAAAAUAAAAAAGAAGCUUCUUGUUUUGGAUGUCAAUGGAUUACUUUGUCAAAAGAUCUUCCGUUAUGACAAAGCCAAGUUACCAAACUCUUCCUCUGUUCCCGUUAUAGAAUGUGGAAGCUUUUUAGUUUACAAAAGGCCUUAUUGUGACGAAUUCAUGAACUUUUGCUUGGAAAGAUUUGAAGUAGGAAUAUGGUCCACUGCAAGAGAAGGGAACCUUAACAGUGUGUUGGAUUGCAUCAUGGAAGGGCUGAAAAGCAAGUUGUUAUUUGUUUGGGACCAAAGCCAUUGCACUAGCAGUGGAUUUUAUACUUUGGAGAAGAAAGGGAAACCAAUUUUUCUCAAGGACUUGAAGAAACUCUGGAAAAACAUAAAUGCCAUUCUUCCAGAGAGCAAAGGGCAAUUUUCUAAAUCCAACACUCUUUUGAUAGACGACAAGCCUUACAAAGCGCUUCUUAAUCCUCUUCACUCUGCAAUAUUUCCUGAUGAAUAUAAGGCAGAUAAUGUUGAUGACGCUUCUCUAGGUCCCAAGGGUGAGCUAAGACUCUACUUGGAAGAACUGGCGGAUGCAGAUAAUGUUACUUGUUUUGUAGAAGAACGCCCAUUUGGGCAGCCUCCCAUAACGCCUACUCAUUCACAAUGGGAUUUCUAUUCCAAGAUUGUGCAUCAUUUUCAGAAGAGUAGUUGAAUCUUUUUCCUAGAUUGGUUUAGUCUAUGUUAAUCAGUGGAUUUAUAUUUCUAAUUUUAUCUUCUCAUUUGCAAUAGUGGGGGGUAACGACAUUUUAUAUAUAUAUAUUUUUACAUGAAAGUUUUGUUGUAGGAAA